AGCCAGAGAAGGAGGAGGGGUCGACGGACGAGAGAGUAGGGGAGGGAGGUACAGAAGGAAAAGGAGUGGCCUUCUGCUGAUAGUCGCCCUCUCUACCGGAGUAAAGUCUUCUCUCAGUGGCAGCUUAUAGGAGGGAAAACAAACCAGAAAGUUUUGAGAUACAGAACAGGGAAGGAGAAAGAAGAAAAGACAGCGCUUGUCUUCAAACCACAUUUUCUCCCAGGCUGUAUGUGGGUUUUAUAGUCAUGGCAUCAGCAGCUCCACCAAAAAGGAUGGUGUCUUCUUUCUUCAUCACUCUGGCGUCUCCUCACCGAGCCACUGUGACACAGCAGCAGCAAGCCCUCCAAGCUCACAGUGCCCCGGCUAGAGACAAGCAGCCCACUGCUGUACGAGUCAGCCCAAGUGACACCAUCCCCGCCCUCAGAUGUAAGAAAGAGGACCAAUUACAGUUUGAGUCUCAUGGCAGUGCAGACAGCAAAGGCCGGAGUCAUGAAGGAGCCUCAGCCCAAGCAUCAGACCAUCAAAGCCCAAAACCUGCCCAACCCGGACCCAUCAGAGGAAAGCUGCAAGAAGACGACAGAAGUGCUGCAGAGCUCUUCCCUCCUCCUCCUCCUCCUCCUCCUCCUGCUGCUGCACUGCCUUCAUCUCUGGGAACAUCGUUCUCUGAAGAAUCAGCACUUCCACCACCUCCGCCUGCCCAGACGCUUCUCUCCCAGCCUCUGACCCCAGGCCAGCAGCCUGUUUACAACAGAGAGGUGGAAACAAGCACACCAUCUAGUGGGUUGAAACAAGAUGAACAAUCCCAUGGGAUCCAUAAAAAUGGCCAAGACACGAGCUAUGAGAGCAAUGAGGUGUGUGGCUUCUGUCGGAAACCCGUGGCCCUUUCUGAACCUGCAAUAGAGGCCUUAAACAGGACGUACCAUGACGGCUGCUUCCAGUGUAGAUCUUGUCACAUUCCCCUGGCUGGUAAACACUAUUACAACAAGGCAGGAAUCCCACUCUGUGAAGAAUGCUACCAGGCCAGUCUGGAACUUUGCUGGGCGUGUGGGGAGGUUAUCACAGAUCAUGUGAUCCGUGCACUGGAGCGAGCAUACCAUCUUUCAUGUUUCACCUGUGCAACAUGUAAACAGCAAAUUGGAGAGCAAGCUUUUGCUCAGGGAGAAGUUGGAGAAGUGUAUUGCCUCCAGGACUAUUACAGGAAGUAUGCUCCAAAGUGUAGCGCCUGCAAGCAGCUAAUCAUUCCAAAAGAAGAUGGUACUGACAGCUAUAAUGUUGAAUGCCUUGGACACUCCUACCAUGAGAACUGCUACAGAUGUGAGGUCUGCGUCAUCCAGCUCUCUCCUGAACCAAACGAGCACGGCUGCUAUCCUCUGGAUGGGAAGAUGCUUUGCAAAUCUUGCCAUCUGAACCUGGUUUCAGGCCAGCACUAGCACUGGCCUUCUAGACCGGGAUAAACUGCAACUGAUGAAAAAGUGCCACGAGUCCAGGUGUUAAAGAGAUGGGAGACUUUGCAUGUGCAUUUAAGACUCUGGAAUACAAAUGUCACGCAUCUUUUUUUCCAACUGAACGAUAAUGAAAUAUGGCUAUUUUUUACAAUACAUCAUUCUUUCUGAAGAUCCUCCUAUUCUUCUUUUAUACUUGAUAAUUUUGCACUCAAUAAACUCUACAAAAUGCACCAAAUAUAUUUAUGCAACAGACUUUGAAAAAACGUUCGGCGAGCAUUAUUCGAAUUUUUGUAAAUCUCAAUCAGUAUAUUGUUUCUCAGUCAUCAAUAAAAAAAAAAAACCUUAUAUAAAAAAACGUCUAUAUAAAAGUAAACUAAUAUAUUUUAUCUCAAGGCAGGCUCCAACAUACAUAACAUUUGUUAAAUUACACAUACAUUGUCAAUAAGUAUUAAGAUGUGAAAAAAACCGAUUACAAUUUAAUUCAUAAUUGUGUAACUGGUAAAACCAAAUCAAUUAAAUCAUUCUUUAGUAAAAUGCAAACCAGUUCUCCUGAAUGUAAUUUUAAGUACAUUCACGUAGGUCCCGGGACAGUUUUUGAUCAUACUGGCAGGCCGAAGACCUCUGGGCUUGACGCUGCAGAGACUUAAAAUGAUAAAUAAAAUGAUGGCCUGAAUAUGAUCUAUCUUCAAACAGGAUCGUUUUACUCACCUGCUCAGGUAAAGCAGGGAAAGGAAAUAACCUUCAAGCAACCGAUUCAACUCAGCAACUAAAUUGCAAAGACAAAUUUGCUCUUUCGCUAAGCCCCCACAGCUAGUGUAAUACGGCAUUUGUGGUGGAAAUAUGUAAGCACCAAUAUUGAAUACAGACAUUAGAGCUUUUAUAUAAUAAUGUGUAACAGAGCACAAUAACACAUACUAUAAAACACUCAUUAUAUUGUGGACCAAAACUUGAAGGUGCUUUUGAUGUGAAUGUGAUUACAUCCACAUUUUUAUCACAAAGAUCUUCACUGGACCACUGGGCCUAUAUUGUCUUUCACCUCAACAAUAGAACUGUUCACAUUGAUUUGACAUUACAAUAUCAAAGUCUCAUUCAGAUCCCAGCUGAAUCAUUUUGUUAUUUAUGUCCUGUAUCUCAAAAGUACAUGUUUGUAGAAUUAUAUUUCUGUGUAUCAAAAACAUUUAUUAAAACAUUUUCUGGAAAAAGUUA